CACACGAGCACACCGGUCUGAAGACUAAUAACAGCAGCAAGCUGCGUGGACGAGCAGCAGAGAGACCAACGGAGGGAGCUUUAUACAGUUCACUUUUAUAUAUUUAUUUAUUCACUUGUUUGUUUGAGGAAGUUUUAUUUAUGUCAAAGAUGAACAGAAUGACGAGAAGCAUGUGCACAUUUGAGGACAUCAGAAAUCAAGAGCAUGGGGAGGGGUGCAGGCGACUGCGGCUCACACUGCACGACCAGAGUCAGGCAGCUCAGAGCACGGAGCAGCACAGGGACAAGCCAAUUGGACGUGCUUAUGCGCUGGUGCAGCCGGCCACUGACAGGACAUCUCUGAACCCUGAACCGGUCAAAUCUAAAGAGGAGCAGGUGGAAGUUAUCAAGGUCUAUCUAGAGGCCCGCAAACAAGAGCAGCAUAAACACCAGCAGAGCCUGAAGAUGCUGUCAGACGAGGUUUCCCAGAUACAGGAGGUGAGGUAUUGCCUGAAGACACUGAGGGAGCAGAUGGCAGUCAAAAACAAGCCACUCACAAAUGGGUGGAAAGUUGGUCUUCCCUUCAGAAAGAGCGCCUUGUCGUCCCAAAACGGAGGACCCAAAGCUGACGCACAGGAAGCAGAUGAAGAAGCCGAGAGAGCCAAGCUGAGGGAGGUCAGUAAGCGCUUAUAUGCACAGCUACAGGAAGCAGAAAAGAAACACCAAGAGGACAAAGAAAGGCUGCAGGCUGAAAGCCGCAGGCUGAGAGAGUGUCUCAACGAAGAGGAGGAGAAGUUGAAGAUAACAGAAGAAGCCAGCGAGAGGAAAGACAUGCGCAUAGACGAGCUCCAGAGGUUGCUGGGGGGGAUGGAGCAGGAGAGCUCCACCCUGCGAGAGGCAAUACGCAGCCGCGAGGACGAAAUGCGCGAACUGCGCAAGAUCAGAGAGGAGGGCCAGAAAGGGGAGCAGAGGACUGAGCAGUUGGAGAGGGAGGUGGCUGUUCUCAAAGAAAAGAUCCACCAUCUGGAUGACAUGCUGAAAAGCCAGCAAAGGAAAGUCAGACACAUGAUUGAACAGCUUCAGAACUCUCGCAUGGUGAUCCAGGAGAGGGACCGCGUGAUCAAAGAGCUAGAGGAGAAAGUGACUUUUUUGGAGGCUGAGAACCGAGAGAUGCAUGACCAGAUGGAUUACUUCCUGGGAGGACAACGGUCAAAUUCCUACCUUCCAUCAGAGCGCAACCCCCAGAUCGUCUACAGUAAACAAAUCAAGCCGUCCAACUCAUCCAACAAACCACUCCCUUUCAUCAGAGUCAUCGAGAUCAAGUCAUGAAGCGACUGCAGAGCAAAAAAAGACCACAAUUGUUAAGAACCACCAAAUCUUUGCAAUGCAGACUAAAACUGAACAGCAGCUCUGCGACCACAUCUGAUCGCUUUAACAUUUGUGGUGUCAGAGUUGAGCUUUCUGGACUGAAACUACAACACUACCACUUAAACCACAAACACUCUUGAAGGAAACUGUACGUGAUGUUUGGCGGCACAUGCGCACGGAAGCUUGCUGUGCGUCUGUGCAUAGCUAAUGAAUGUGUGUGUGUGUGUGUGUCAGCUUUAAUGUAGCGUAGCUGAAGCGUACUGAUUCAGCUGAUGUGCAUUUUAAGGUUAUAAAUACUAUUCAUAAAUACUGCGUACUUAAUGCGAGUGUUAUCUUGUGCUGCCCUGUUUUGAAUUGCUUUUUAGACCUUUGGCGUUGUUGUGUCAAAGCAGAACGGUUGAGCAAAGGGCAGGAUGACGGACCUUUUGCCAAAGUGGGUUAUGACAUCAUAAAGCUUAAAUGCAGUAAUGUAGAAAACCUAGCUAACAAAGCUAAAAGUGUCAUGUAACAAUCGUUAACCAGAUGAUCUACUUCCUGUGUAAUCAUUAGUCACUCCUGACUCUGUUCACUUUGCUGAGUGAACAGGAAGAUUUUUAACAUGUAAAUACUGACGAUAGUUUGUGUAAGGUGAACACCCUGUGAUGUUUUUAAAUGAUAUAGUUUUAAGCCCCAAACAACAAUGUGGCACUUCAUAAAACUGUGAGGAAGUAGAAGGAAGAAAUAUGAUUUCAAAGCAGUGUCGCUAUUAUACAUGUUUCUUGUAAAGCAUUUCAGUCCCCUCAUUGUGUAACCAGACAACUUGUUUUGUACACACUUUUAAUUAAUGUGAUUUAAUGUUUUAAUUUCUACCUAACAGCUUUCUCCUUUGUAUUUAUUUAUAUAUGAAAAACACUUUUAGA